CACCGGCAGCGGGGACAGUUGAAAUAGCAAGACGCGGAGAGAAGAGCCAGGUACUCCACGAUUACGAUACGAUUACUGUUCAUCGCUUACUAACACUAUCCUCAGCAAGAUGUCUGCUGCUAAGGGUGUAGCGGUCGGUAUUGACCUGGGCACCACCUACUCCUGCGUGGGGGUGUUCCAGCACGGCAAAGUGGAGAUCAUCGCCAACGACCAGGGCAACCGGACCACCCCCAGCUACGUGGCGUUCACAGACACGGAGAGACUCAUCGGAGACGCAGCCAAGAACCAGGUGGCCAUGAACCCCACCAACACCGUGUUCGACGCCAAGCGCCUGAUUGGCCGAAGGUUUGACGAUGUGGUGGUGCAGGCGGACAUGAAGCACUGGCCAUUCACUGUGAUGAGCGACGCGGGGAAGCCAAAAAUCCAGGUGGAGCACAAGGGGGAGAACAAGUCCUUUUACCCCGAGGAGGUGUCCUCCAUGGUCCUGGUGAAGAUGAAGGAGAUCGCCGAAGCCUACCUAGGCCAGAAGGUUUCGAACGCCGUCAUCACGGUUCCAGCUUACUUCAACGACUCCCAGCGUCAGGCCACCAAGGACGCAGGAGUGAUCGCCGGCCUCAACGUCCUGAGGAUCAUCAACGAGCCCACGGCGGCCGCCAUUGCCUACGGUCUGGACAAAGGCAAGAGCAGCGAGCGCAACGUCCUGAUCUUUGACCUGGGCGGGGGCACCUUCGACGUCGCCAUCCUGACCAUCGAAGACGGCAUCUUUGAGGUGAAGUCCACGGCCGGAGACACUCAUCUGGGUGGAGAGGACUUUGACAACCGCUUGGUCAACCACUUUGUGGAGGAGUUCAAGAGAAAGUUCAAGAAGGACAUCAGCCAGAACAAGAGGGCUUUGAGGAGGCUUCGCACGGCUUGUGAGCGAGCCAAGAGAACUCUGUCGUCCAGCUCCCAGGCCAGCAUCGAGAUCGAUUCUCUGCACGAGGGCACCGACUUCUACACCUCCGUCACCAGGGCACGCUUCGAGGAGUUGUGCUCAGACCUCUUCAGGGGAACCCUGGAACCCGUGGAGAAAGCCCUGAGGGACGCCUUGAUGGACAAGAGCCAGGUCCACGACAUCGUCCUGGUGGGAGGCUCCACGCGAAUCCCCAAGAUCCAGAAACUCCUGCAGGACUUAUUCAACGGCAGGGAGCUCAACAAGAGCAUCAACCCAGACGAGGCUGUGGCUUACGGCGCCGCGGUGCAGGCCGCCAUUCUCAGCGGCGACACGUCGGCGAACGUCCAGGACCUGCUGCUCCUGGACGUGGCGCCCCUUUCCCUGGGCAUCGAGACGGCCGGAGGAGUCAUGACGCCCCUGAUCAAACGGAACACCACCAUCCCCACCAAACAGACUCAGACCUUCAGCACAUACGCCGACAACCAGCCGGGGGUCCUGAUCCAGGUCUUGGAAGGAGAGAGAGCCAUGACCAAGGACAACAACCUGCUGGGCAAGUUCGAGCUGUCGGGAAUCCCGCCCGCUCCGAGAGGGGUACCUCAGAUCGAGGUGACCUUCGACAUCGACGCAGACGGCAUUCUGAACGUGUCUGCUGUGGACAAGAGCACGGGCAAACAGAACAAGAUCACCAUCACCAACGACAAGGGCCGCCUGAGCAAGGAAGACAUCGAGAGGAUGGUGCAGGAAGCAGACCAAUACAAAGUAAAAGACGAGCAACAGAGGGAGAAAAUAGCGGCCAAGAACGCCCUGGAGUCCUACGCCUUCAACAUGAAGAGCAGCCUGCGGGAGGACAACCUGAAGGACAGAGUGAGUGAGGAGGACAGGAAGAAGGUGGAGGAGAAGUGUGAGCAGGCCAUCCUCUGGCUGGAGAACAACCAGCUAGCGGAGAAAGAGGAGUACCAACACCAGCUGAAGGAGUUGGAGAAGCUGUGUAGCCCCAUCAUCUCCAGGCUGUACCAGGGGGGAUUGCCAGCAGGCAGCUGUGGAGAGCAGGCCAGAGCUGGCUCCCAGGGGCCCACCAUCGAGGAGGUGGACUGAAGCAGACUGUUGGACUGAGUGGAAUAUGAUCAAUAUGACUGUUAUGGUUUAAAAGGGUAUUUCAGGGUGGUUCUCUGCGUAGAGCGUGUACCAUUAAAUUAAAGGACAAAUCCGGUGUAAAAUGGAUCUUGGAUAUGUUUAAUAUGGUAACGAGUUGGAAUUUUCCUUUGGGGGCAAAAAAACGCGCAUAGAGGCAUUCUUCAGUUGGCUGUUUUUAGCCAAAUCUACCAAAACGCUAUAAACUUGGAACGAUGGGGGCAUUUGUAAUGGUAAAAACUAAAUCUCUAUUUUAAACCACUUUAUAGGCUAGAAGUAGCCCGACACUUCUUGGGUAGUAUAAUAAGGGUCUUAACGUAUAAAACGACGCAUUGGUAACUUUGUAAGUGUACAGAUGUUUAUUAAAAAGGAUAUUUUAUAUGAUCUACUGAUGGUAUUGUGGGUAUAAAAUGUCCUUUUUAAUAGACAAUCUGUACACUUACAAAGUUAUCUAUCUUCUACAUUUUACUUCUAGCCUUUUAAGUGGUUUAAAAUAGCGAUUUGGUUUUUACCAUAACACAUGCCCCUAUCGUACCAAGUUUAUGGCAUUUUGAUAGGAUCGGCUAAAAACAGCCAACUGAAGAAUGCGUCUAUACACGGUUUUUGUGCUCCAAUACGAACGUUCCAACUCGUUAUCAUACCAAACAUAUCCCAAAUCCAUUUUACACCGGAUUUGUCCUUGCUAUGUAAAUAUAAAUACGUUCAUGCAAGGUCACAAAAUGACUGGAUAAGUUGGACUGAGUGGAAUAUGUUUGCAAAAAAGAAAAGGAUACAUUAUGAGACAUUUUCCCGUUUUUCCCUUAUUAGCGUGAAUUUAUUCCACUUUGGAGAAGCAAUAAAAUAGAGAUCCUUUUUGUUGUAGAA